GAAGGGUGAGAAGAGCGUGCGCCUCUUAGGUGGGAGUCAAUCGACUAAAAGAGGGAGACUCUUCCGAAGGGUGGAAGGGAGAGUCGCGGGUGGUGGAGUGCGGUAAUUCGAAAAAUAAGUCUACAUGGGCGACAAGCACACUUGACAGAAGCACACUCGAAUCGGAAGGGUCGAGCACUCGCGAAUAACAAUUAAUAACGCUAGCCGACCUCUGUCACUGAUCUUCUGGGAUCACCGCUGGAGGGCCUUCAGGGAUUAUGUGAACGCACUGUGAAGACGUCUAGUAUUCCACGGUCAAUCUUUCGUCCCGACGGCAGAUGCCGGCUAGACGCGGAAGUGAAAGCACGAGUUACUGACGAGACUCGACGUACAGCCGUUUCGAACGCGUAACGAGUUCGCGAGAGUGAAAAAGAUCCAAGUUGCAAAACCGAGAAGUAGAAAAAGGUGCGUAAUAAAACAAGGCCGCGAAGAUAGGAGACACGAUGGCAAGCGGUCUACAGACGAUUCGUAAUAUGUGACGUAACGAGUUUGCAUGUGCGCGGACAUUCGACUGUGGUUAUGUAUAUUAAUUAGUUAUGAGAAGGAUGACCCGAGCGAAUUGAGGGAGUGACGCUGCGGAAGGAAUCAUCUCGAGGUGUCGUCGUAAGACCCGCGAGGAAACGGACAACAACGGAGCGCAGAGAGUGAUGGAAGACGAGAAGCGCAGCGAGACCUCGCCGAAACCCUCCCAACCGACCCCCUUCAGCAUCGCUGAUAUCCUCAGCCGCGAGACCUCCUGCGCGGAUUCGAGGAGAUGCGACCUGGAGAAAAUUCAGGCCGCCGUUUUCAUGCCAACCAAGAGACACAGUCGGGAAUACGAUCGCACAGAGAACGAGCAUCCGGACGGCGGAUACGAGCACGACCAGGUGAUUCAUUACCCGAGGCUGCCCACCCCAGAGCUGGGUACGGUGCAUGAGCUUGAUAUCUUAAGGAGGAACCUGGCGCAAGUGAACCUAUCCAACCUAUCGAAUUUUGGUGGCGCACACUUGACUCAGGGCACUUUUAAGCAUCACCUCGAGGCUUUGGGAAACCUGACGGCGUAUCAGCCUGUCAAGGAACCGAUGGAGACCUCUCAUAGACAGCAGGACGAAGCGUUGGACAUGAGCAAGAACAAGUACUUAGAUGAAACAGAGGACGACGCGUACGAGUCGCAAAAUCCGGGGCAGAGCUUACAGAGUAGAAAGAAACGCAGCAGAGCAGCAUUCUCGCAUGCACAAGUCUACGAGCUCGAAAGAAGAUUCGCCGCUCAGAAGUACCUGUCAGGUCCCGAGAGAGCAGAUCUAGCACGCGGCUUAAAACUGACGGAGACGCAAGUGAAGAUCUGGUUUCAGAAUCGACGGUACAAAACCAAACGGCGCCAGCAACAGGAGCUGGGCGCCCUCGUGAAUUCCGGGAGCGCCAGGCGCGUGGCAGUACGCGUCCUGGUACAUCCGGAGGAACAUUUGAGGGGAUUGCCUCUUCGUGGUUCCGGCCAACUUCCCGCACAAAUGUCGAGCCCGCAGAUUCAUCCCGCGAACAAGGCACUCGGCAGUUUCCCGUAUUGUUAUUUGCCAUAUCACCCGCUGCUCUGCCCACCCUUGCAUGCCACCCACGUUCAGGUACAAAGCGCGAUCACGCCCGACUUCGUCCCAAGCCAAAUCUCCAAGAUCAAGGACGAGAAAUGAACGAUUGGCGAUGCACUUCCGUGUGUAUCGUUCGGUUCAUCGAAAUAAAAGUAACGUCGCUUCGGAUGAUGACGUCAAAUGUGUCAUCUUUCAGAACGAUAUUUUAGAUAGACCGGUUGUAACAGAGAUGUUCGAGAGAAAACUAUUCUGGAGAAUUUAUGAGUUUCCUGAAAGGAGAUAUCCCGAGAAAUCAUGCAAGAAAUUAGCCGAGAGUCUUGACGAACAUCACACGUUAAGCCGCAUUGAACGAAAGUGACAUGUAACCUCAAUUUAUAUUUAUUUACUAGAUAUCGGCUUCCAUAUAUGAGUACCCGUAUAGAACAUUUCUUGCAAUCUAAUUGGGAUCUAGUCCGAUUCACCAAAAUAAUUGGAUUCUGCUUAAAAAUAUAGGGGAGACUGGAUCUAGAUGGGAUAUGUUGUUCAUGUGCUUUUUUUUAGUAUUUAUUUUGAGAGGGAGAGUAGAUACAAAAUCACAAAAUAGCCCUUUUAGAACAUAAAUAUUUUCUUCUGAGUUAUUAAAUUCUGAGUUAUUAAAAUCAGGAUAAUAUUAUAUAGUUAAAAAAUAGAAAACAUUGAUUUACUAGUAAAAUAAAUUUUCGAGCCUCUCGAAAUUUUGUAUUAAUAUUCAAAAUAGAAGCAAAGCGGGCCAAUUAGAGCAAAUAUACAAGUGUAAUAGUGUAAUCAAGUAUUAGAGACAAAUCCUCAGAAUGUGUUGAGGAAAUAUUAAUAGUAUUAAAUACAACAAAACCAAACAAUAUUAUGAAAAUAAUACCACUGAAAAGAACCCAACGCAGAACUCUAUUAAGUGGAAUAAUAUUUAGAAAACAGAUAUAAAUAAAUGAAUUAAUAAUCGUCAAUGUUAAGUGAGUAAGAUCAAAGCAAUGAGUUAACUCCUCUGCUACAUGAUCGGAAAAUAACAGGCAAAUUCCGGUUUUAAAUCAGAUAUAUAACCGUAAGCUUAUUUCCGACAAGCAUCACUCACCGAUACGUUUUAACAAACGACGAUUGUCACUAUAGAUAUAUAAAUGACAGCAAGCGGCAUAAAGCAAAGCAAAAGAGUAAACUGUCUCUCCGCUGUUCCCGUGAACGUGAAACAUGCAUCUUUUUGGAGACAUAAUCCAGAUAGCACAUAUCUCCAAGGGACGUCUCGUGGAUGUCCUGAGAACGUCCUUAUGUCGUCAGGACGUCUUCAAAACGUCCUCAAGACGUCCUUUGGAAGAUUUGUGCUGUCUAGGAAUUAAGGAGCGAUGCUGAUGCAAGCCAAGCGAAAUAUACAUAGAAUAUGAAGCAAAUAUAAUAACUGAUAGAGAUUAGCAAUAAAAAAUAUACAAAACACACAAAAUCAGGAAGAAACAUUAAGAGUCUGAUGGACCGAAACGCAUUUGCUUUUGUUGCAUUGUAUUUGAUAAUAUUAAAAUCUCUUCAUCACUUCAUUAUUCUGAAGAUUUGUCUCUAAUAUUUGAUUACACUAUUUGCGUAUGCAAUCUUACUGGCGCGCUUGAUUUUUAAUCGAGUAAAGAGCGUUGCUAACAUUUCAUUACUUUUGUAUUAGAGAUGUGCGAACUAUUUGAAUUCGAAUCGAAUCAAGUGAAUUCGAAUUAUUUGAAUUCGAUUCGAUUCAAAUUCGAAUCCCUCUGAUU